CCGGCGCUCACGGCCUGUGUCCGCAGCGUGCUCAAGGAGCUGCUCCAGGUGCAGCAGAGCCUGGGGUACUGCCCGCAGUUCGACGCCCUGUUCGACGAGCUCACGGCGCGGGAGCACCUGCAGCUGUACACGCGCCUGCGCGGCAUCCCCUGGAGGGACGAGGCCCGGGUGGUGAGGUGGGCCCUGGAGAAGCUGGAGCUGACCAAGUACGCAGACCGGCCGGCCGGAACCUACAGCGGCGGCAACAAGCGGAAGCUGUCCACGGCCAUCGCCCUCAUUGGGUACCCCUCCUUCAUCUUCCUGGACGAGCCCACCACGGGCAUGGACCCCAAAGCCCGGCGCUUUCUCUGGAACCUCAUUCUCGAACUUAUCAAGACUGGGCGCUCCGUGGUGCUGACCUCGCACAGCAUGGAGGAGUGUGAGGCGCUCUGCACGCGCCUGGCCAUCAUGGUGAACGGGCGGCCCCUGAGGGGGGUGGACCCAGGUCAGCCGGUUCCCCCAGGGCCCCUGAGGGGUGGACCCAGGUCAGCCGGUUCUCCGCAUGAGUGCCGGGUGGGUCCCCGGGUCCCCAGCCACGCCGGCCCCCAUGGAGGGCGCCGGGCCCUGUUCCAGGCUGCGGGGCUGGCGCCGACAGGGCCCGGGUAG